AAAUAUAGCAAUCAAUAUUCGAGUGUUUUUUAACAUAACUUUAUCUGCCGAACAAACACUGUUAAUGUACCAAUUGCUGAUUUAAGUCUGUGUAAAUUCGUGCAACGUAUUCUAGUAUAGAUAUUUUUGGACAAAAAAAAUCAUCUAUAAUUAUAUGCUUAGGGUAUUCGAGUAUGUGGCUACGCCUCCAUUCCUUCCUAUGGAUAUUGUCCUUUGCAGCGGCUCUGGUCACACUAUUUAUGGAUAAAGCCAUUGUUCGCGUGGGAGACCCAUUGGUUAUGCGAUGUCAUCUGUCCGAAAGCGGCAAUUCUGUUCACUUGUUGACGAGCGAGACAGGGAUUUAUAUCGAACGCGUGACCAUGAGCAUAAAUAUAACAGAAUGCAAUUUUCUUCUCCAAAGUCCUACUAUGGACUGUGACUGCCACAAUGACCUUGAAUACGUCUGCACAAUCUUGUCAGUAGCAGCGAACGACGCAGUCGGAUCUUGGAAAUGUGAAGUAGAAAUUAAAGGAGUUACAUAUAGCAGCAAUCACAUACAGAUUGUUCUAGCUCAGUUGGUCAACUGGGUUACGAUCACGCCAAACAUUACCAUACUAUCCGUAAUAGAAGGCUCAUAUGUCCAAUUUAACUGCCAAACAUCGCCGGGAGUCCCCGCUCCGACUGUCCGGUGGUUCAAAGCUGAAAACAAGUCCGGCAUUCCCCCCAUGGAAUUCACGGAUGGUUCUCAAAUCUCCAUACACCCUAAUAUAUCUGGCACGAGCAGUUUAUUGCAAAUAAUACCAAGUAGGAAUGACAGCGGCAUUGUCAUAUAUUGCAAGGCGAUGAAUACCUUUACCGAAGUUGAAUCACGGAGGAGAGUGGGCAUGAAUGUCUUGUAUGGGCAUAAGGUCCAAAAAAUGAAUGACCAAAAGGUUCAGGAAGGCAGUCGUUUUCAAUUCGAUUGCCCUAUAACCCCUGGCAAUCCGUCGAAUACGUCUGUUAUUUGGAAACGCGAUAACUCUAGCGCACAGUGGACCUCUAAGACGUUAACGUUAAUGUCAGUGAAUGUUAGUGACGCUGACGUCUAUACGUGUAUAGCGUCUAACGUGCUCCUUCCGACCAUAGGAGGGUCACAGUCGCGGAUUGAUUCUGGGAGCUUUCGUCUGGAGGUUAUUCCGUUGAAGGACCUUGAACCACCGUACACUGGAGCUAUUGUGGGCGGUAUAAUUUCGGGCGUCAUUCUGAUAAACAUUAUAACUGUGUUGGUCUGUUUACUGAACAAGCACUGUCUUCUUUAUAAACGCAUCAGGAAGAAGAAUGCCACUGUGCACUGUGAAACAGAAAAUAAAGAACAUACUUCUGACUGAAUUAAAUGGCGGACAAUACAUGGUUUUUAAUAAUAAAAAAUGUGGCUCGAAGACAAGUAAAACUUACAUUAAGAACAUUGUUAAUUUUUGCCGUGUGAAACUUGAAAAACGCAGUUUGAAAGGAAUGCUAAUUUGUUUUAAAUCUUCAACGUUUGAUGUCGAUUCUCUACGGUAGAGUAUAGAUGCGUAUGAAGCAAAAUGCAUAUCUGCUACUGAAUUACAAUAUGCGCGAACAAUUUAUGUAACAAACAUUUAUUUGUUAUAUACAUGUUUAUUUCAUACAAGUUGACAUUAUUUAUAUAUAGAAUAUCAUACAACAUUACUCAUAUUCUCACGUUCGAAUAGGAUUAGAACGAAGGACAAAGUCUCAUAUGGUUCAACUCCCUUGCAAUAUAAAGAUGCAUGUUUUCGGACAUAAUUGGCUAUGUAAGGCAAAGUGAACAAUAUGUUGAGACAGAAAAGCUCCAAUUAUAGAGUUAUAUUUGUUUAAUAAAAAUAAUAGGUUUACAUGUUUGAAAAGGGUAAGCAAUUAAGAGAAAUGUUUGGAAAGAGAAGAAAGAAGACGCUUGUGAAGACAUGUUUUGGUUUGAACAUGAAAUAAAAAGAAGUGUGUGACUCGUUCUGUAGCAUAUUUACGUAUCAAUUCGCUUACUAUUUAUAAUAAAUGUGUGAACUGCAUCAGCUAUUUCAGUAUUGGUUAAGAAGUCUCUCCUCCAUAUAGAAUAGUGUCAAUGCAUGGGACAUAAUAAAUUGAUAUUGUGUUAAGUUCACCACGAAUAUGUAUAUACUGAAUGCAUUCACGAAAGAAGUUUAACGUUGCUUCAUGAAGUUCACACAGACAGAGGCGAUGUAAUUAUGUUGCGUGUGAAGAAAUGAACAUUUAAGGCGCUUCACUUUGUUAUUGAGCGCGUCUGUAACAUUUAGGAGCGUCUUUCGCCAUAUGAAAAUAAAUCUUUUGAAGGAA